AUGAUCAGUCAAUCAAUCAAUAGCACCGGCGCCGGGCGGCAGAAGGUGUGGGACGCUACGGUCAUCCUGCGAAGCUUGUUGCGUGUGUGCCAGCCGGUGUGCUCCUCGCUCGCCAGCAGCGGUCGCGGCGUGCAUGAUCGAGAGCGUCCGUCCGUCAGGAGGCGACGUGAUGCCUGGUCCGUCGCCCAGCGAGGGAUCUGGCUUGAAUUACGGACGCCUCGUUUCAUUGGCCGCGUGCGCUGGUGGAGCUCUCAGAUGCACCAAGCGGGCGACGACGACGACGACGAUACGAUGUCGUCCAUCCGCGCGUUGUGUCAGGAGUCCGCCGCCAUCAUCGCCUGCCUAGCGCUGUCUCGUCUCCUCCUCCCUGUGGAGCCCGCAACCGCGAAAAUGUGUGCAAAGAAGCGCCACCCCGGGAGGAUGACAACGAUGCGAAUGUUGCUCCUCGUAUGCCCGUGA